AUGCCUCACAAACACAAGAGACGCGAAAGGGAUGACUCCCACUUCGACCUCCCACCCUCAGUGAUCGCUAAAGCACUGCCGGUCCGCAGCCAGCAACCAAAGCCCAAGCCUGGAAAGAAGCAUGGAAAGAAGCCGCAGCCAGCACAGCAGGCCAAAGGCAAGCCUCAGGCUGGACCUGCCGUCUCUCGGCCCAAGAAUGCCUUGGAAGAUGAUACCCCCAAGGCCUUCCAGCGGUUAAUGCAGUACAAGACUACGGGGAGGCGGGCGCGGUCUGGACUGGAUACGGGAGAGAAGAAGCAAGAGAACAAAAAGCGGAAGCGAGAAGAAGCAGAUGCCCAGAAUGACUCGUCGAAGAAGCCUGCCCAGGCUAAGCCUCAACAGACUCAAUCUACUGACGAUAAGGAGGCCAAGAAAGUGAUGCCCAAAAUCAUGCCCGGCGAGAAGCUGGGAGAUUUCGCCGCCCGCGUUGACCGCGAACUCCCGCUUUCUGCAAUGAAGAAAUCCAACACUCCUGGUGCGAAGGGCGAUCACAAGAUGACCAAGCACGAGAAGCAUCUCCGGCGACUGCAACAGGGUUGGCGCGAGGAGGAUGUCAAGAUCAAGGAGCGGGAACAGGCCGAGCGCGAGGAGCGCGAAGCCGAGAUGGAGGAACAGUUAGAGAUCCUGAAGGAGUGGGAGGCUGAAGCACGGGGUGGAAAAGCGAAGAAGAAGGGAACGGUUCCCAAAAAGAAAAAGAAGUCCGACGGUGCCGAGGACAGCGGGGAUGAUGACCCCGACCCAUGGGCGAAGCUGAAGAAGCGGGAUAAAGAGAGACAGGCCAACCCGUUCGAUUUUGCACAGGCGCCGCCGCAGUUGACGAAGCCAAGGGAGAUAUUUAAGAUUCGCGGAGGAGCGAAGGUUGAUGUUGCCAAUGUGCCGAACUCUGUUGGUAGUUUGAGACGGCGAGAGGAGCUCGCCACCGAAAGAAGGAACAUUGUGGAGGAGUAUCGGCGAUUGAUGGCUGCGAAGCGGCAGUGA